CCGACGCGCUUCGCCGCGCGCACCGCACACGAUGGCGCCCAGCAAGAAGGGAGGCAAGACCGCCGCCGCGCCCGUCGUCGCGCACGACGAGGACGAUCUGAUUCAGGUCACGCCGGCGAUGAAGCAGCAAGCGGCGAAGUUUAAGGCGGCUGGGAACAACGCGUUCUCCGCCGGUCGAUACUACGCCGCCACGGCUGAGUUCACCAAGGCGAUUGAGUGCGAUCCGUACGAUCACAUUUUCUACUCUAACCGCUCCGCGUGCUACGCCAACUUGGACCAACACUCCAAGGCGUGCGCGGAUGCGCGCCGAUGCAUCGAGUUGCGCCCGGAUUUCGCCAAGGGGUACUCUCGUCUCGGUUUCGCGCUCUUCAAGGCUGGUUUCUUGCACGACGCCAUGAAUGCGUACGAGCGCGGUUUGACCGUGGACCCGAAGAACAACAACUUGAUUGAAGGUUUGGGUGAAGCCAAGUUGGCGCAAAAGGCUAAGAUUGAAGCGGCCAAGUUGAGCGCGCAAAUGGAUAACGUCACGCUCGACGAGCACGUCAUCGGUAUCGAUCUCGGUACGACGUACUCUUGCGUGUCCGUGUGGAGAAACGGUGAAGCGCACGUGCUGACGAACGCCGAAGGCGACCGUACCACCCCGUCUUGGGUUGCGUUCACCGAGCAAGGCCGCCUCGUCGGCGACGCCGCCAAGCGCCAAGCCGCCAUCAACCCGAAGAACACGCUGUUCAACAUCAAGCGUAUCAUCGGUCGUCAAUACAGCGAGUGCGCUCACGAGCUCGAAUUAAUGCCGUUCGAUGUCAAAGAAGGCGAAGGCGGCAAGCCGAUCGUCUCCGUUGACGUGAACGGCGAAAAGAAGGACUUUGCCCCGGAGCAAAUUUCCGCCAUGGUUUUGCAAAAGAUGAAGGCGACUGCCGAGGCGCAGCUCGGUGUCCCGAUCACCAAGGCUGUCGUCACCGUGCCGGCGUAUUUCAACGAUGCCCAGCGUCGCCAAACCAAGGAUGCCGGUGCCAUCGCGGGUCUCGACGUCUUGCGUAUCAUCAACGAGCCGACCGCGGCGGCGCUCGCGUACGGCCUCGAUCGCCGCGAAGGCGAAAACGGCGAAGUCAUCAAGAACCAAUGCAUCUUGGUCUUCGAUCUCGGUGGUGGUACCUUCGAUGUGUCCUUGUUGAACUUGCAAGACGGCGUCUUCGAAGUGCUCUCCACCGCCGGUGACACGCACUUGGGUGGUGAAGAUUUCGACACGUCCCUCGCGGCUUUCGCGCAAAAGGAGAUUGAAAAGGAGCGCGGCGCCGACAUCUUCACCGGCGAUGAAAAGGCUCUUCGCAAGUUGCGCACGGCGUGCGAAAAGGCCAAGCGCGAGUUGUCCGUGGCCAACCACGCCAACAUCGAAUGCUUCAUCGGUGAAAUCGAAAUCAACAUGAAGAUUACCCGUGAACAAUUCGAGAAGGUUUGCGAACCGACGUUCCAACGCUGCCUCGACUCUGUCAAGCGCGUGCUCAGCGACGCCGGCAAAAAGAAGGAAGAAGUCGACGAAAUCGUCCUCGUCGGUGGUUCCACCCGUGUCCCGCGCGUGCAAGGUAUCCUCACCGAAUACUUCGAUGGCAAGACCCUCAACAAGUCUGUCCACCCCGAUGAGGCGGUGGCGUACGGUGCGGCCGUGCAAGGUGCGAUUCUCGCGGGCGUCCGCGACAAGCAGACUUCUCGCGUUCUCCUCAUGGAUGUCGUUCCGCUUUCCCUCGGUGUCGAGUGCGAAGGUCGCCAAUUCGCCAAGGUUGUGCAACGCAACACUGCGAUUCCGUGCAAAAAGAAGAGCGAGUUCACCACCGUCUAUGAUAACCAAGACGAGAUUGAUGUGCGCAUUUUCGAAGGCGAACGCUCCAACACCGACGGCAACCACUUGCUCGGCGAGUUCCAAAUUUCUGGCAUCGAGCGCGCUUCCGCGGGCGAACCGAAGAUUGAUGUCACUUUCGAGGUCAACACCAACGGUUUGUUGACCGUCACCGCCAAGGAUCGCGUCACCGGCGUCGAGGCCAACGUGUCCUUGCAACACGACCGCGGCCGUUUGACUGCGGAAGAGAUCGAGCGCAUGUGCGCCGAAGCCGAAGCCAUGGCGGAAGAAGAUGAGCGCCUCGCGCGCAUGCGUGAGUACGAAGGCACCGACUAGGCGAUAAAAAGUCAAGUUCUGCGUCCUUUUAGAUAGCCGCGUCGGUCCCGAGUCGCUCUGCGCGCCUCGACGACGGUUCGCGCCACCCACGUAACCAUUCUUUCUCACCGCAACAUAUGAUCUAGUAGCUCAUGUU